UCUUAUGCAAUGCGACUGUGUGUAGAGCACGGACUGACAGAAGAAAGCUGUCGUGAGUUGCUAAACUACCUGAACCAGGUAGGAAGCAUUCUGUAUUACUCUCAUCACUUGACUUUAGCAGAAGUUCUCUUUCCUGUACCACCAUUUGUGGUCACUUUACUUAAGGCUGUUUUCAGACAUGAUCACGAAUCUCUAGAAUAUGAUGAUCGGUUUAUUGGGGUAGAUAUAGGUCCUCAGAAGUUUGAGGAGAUGAAAAGUGAUCUUGUUUUUAAUGGCAUUGCUAGGAUAUCUAUGCUGCUGGCACUGUGGAGUGAGUUCGAUCUUACUGCAGAUCGUCAUGUUGACGUGUUUAUUAAGCUUUUUCUUGCUCUGGACUUUGGUUAUCUAACUGGCUCAUCAGAUGAUGUAGUUCAGGAACUGGCACACGCUCUGGGAAGACGUCAGAUCACUUUAGCUCGGCCAAGUAGCACCAACCCGACAUCAGAUUCAUCUGGUCACACAAUAGAACAAAAUCGUCAUCAAGAGCAAACAGACAGUUGCCAAGUGAUUUCUAAGCUAAAACAACAUGAUGGUGGCUUGUUGUUGCCAUGGUUACUCAAUGAUGAGAAACCAGAGGAUGUUAGUGACCUUUGGCCUCUAGAUAUACCACAUGGAGUCAUACAAGUUGCAGUGGAAUACUCAUUUGCAUAUGAACGUCCAUUGGGUUUGUUUGAACGACUGUCUGCUCGUUGCCAUCGUCACUCCAAUUUUAUUCGUCACUGGAGCAGUGGACUGCUGAUGUGUUAUGGUGCAGUGACUUUGCUUAUCAAUUGCAGCAAGAAUACUUCACGUGGCUCUAUAUGUCUCAGUGGUAGAGUAGUCAAGUCACAUCACAGUGUUGGCAGAUUGUGGCAUGUUCUUCUUCGUUGUGUGUCAGACAUGGAGGAUCUUCUCCAGUCUGUUCCUGGUGUUCUCCCUGAUAGAUUCAUCUACAGUGGAAGUUCUUCUACAAGUAGAAAGUCUUCCCUCAAUCGAUGUAUCUAUUUGAUACCAGACGAAACAUGGGGACCAUUUGCAGUAGACACUGUAGCUGGAAGAUGCAGUGCAGAGAUGGUAAAACAUGAGCAAGCAAUAAAAGAAGUGUGUCCAAGUGUAAAGAAAGGCAUUCCUCUUUCUCAAGUUUUGUCCUCUACACAUGCAACUCCAGUAAAUCAAACGGAUCUCGACAGGAUAGCAGUAGAUAUUGGAGAGACCUGGCGUGACCUAAAAAGUAUCAUAUUUGGUUCUGACCAGUCUAUGUUAUCAAAGCUACAGCAAAACAUUUCUGACUCCAGUUUUGACCAGCCACCGGCGUUCCGCAUAUUAAGUAAGUGGUUAGAGUUAAGAGGCAACCAACUAAUGGUAUGUGAAUUGUAUGAUGCUCUACUUGUUGCUCGCAUUCCAUCUGAACCUCAAAAGCAUUUGAGUUACUUGAUGUUGCCUGAUGCAGCAACUGAGAAGACGACUCCACCUGGUGACUCUGACAGGGUCACUCCACUCAUCAAAGAAAUAGUAGCCGAAAGCGUUGGACAUCGUUGGCAUGAACUAGGUAUAUACCUUGGUGUUUCAGAAGGAGUGCUAAGGGAAUGUGACCAACCAAUUUACAUGUUGAAAGCGAAAUCACGUAAAGUUUUGUCAGCCUGGACAGAUCAAAACCAACAUGCUACAGUUCAGCAGUUGUUGGUCGCUUGUCAUAAAGCUGGAGUGGGAGGAAUAGUCAGGAGAGAGAUUGAAUCUAAGCUUGGCACAAACUGAUUGGAACACGAGUCAUACAGAGUGAUAAUCCUAUACAUAACAAUAAUUGUUGUUUGCUCUGAAACAAAGAAGUAAUUAUCUAUAUGUGGACGAGAAAAGGAAAUAAGAGAAACAAGACAACACACUUUGCUUGCUGUGAACCAACAGCCUUAUCGUUGUGUGCAGCUACAAUAUAUGUAGAAGACUAUCAUCCAGAAGAAAAUAUCAUCAGAAAGAUGACACGACUGAUUGAAAUUACACACAAAGCAAUGAUGUGACUGCCUUAGAACAAGGUUCGCUUCAACUUGAUCAUCUCUGAUAUUUCAUCAUUGACUGGAUGUGGCAGGAUGUCAAGCAGCCACCAAUACGUUCAUUUAUGUCGACUUGUACAGUAUGAUAUCACACCACGAGUGAAGGACAGA